UAUGAUGCCAAACCUGCAGACAAGCUUCGGGUGUUGGAGGCCUCUGUCCGAAAGAAGCGCGAUGAGGCAGGCCGAAUCCUUGUCGAAACGUUCUUUAGCAAGGAAAAAGAGUCCACCAGUGCAGAAGUUAUCUUGCAGUUCCUUCUGAAAUGUGGGCCGGACCAGAUGAGUCAGCAGAAUUCACAGAUACCCUGGAGCUUUGUCCUCCUGAAGAAUUCCUGAGACUGUGUAAAGAAAAGGCUGGAGAGAUCUAUCCAAUCAAAGAAAGAAAGAACCGCACUCGUCUGGCUCUCAUUAUAUGCAAUAUAGAGUUUAACAAUCUCCCUCCGAGGAGUAGGGCUGAGGUUGACAUCGAAGGGAUGAAGAGGUUGCUUGAGGGCCUGGGCUACAGCGUGGAUGUGAAAAAACAACUCACAGCCACGGAGAUGCAGUCAGUGUUGCAGGAAUUUGCUGCCCGCCCAGAGCACAGGUCCUCAGACAGCACUUUCCUGGUGUUCAUGUCUCACGGCUUCCUGGAAGGAAUAUGUGGAACUACACAUAGUGAAGAACAACCAGAUAUGUUAUCCUUAGACACCAUCUUCCAGAUUUUCAACAACAACAACUGCCAGAGUCUAAAGGACAAACCGAAGAUUAUCAUUGUCCAGGCCUGCAGAGGUGAAAAGAAAGGAAUAUCGUGGCACAAGGACUCUCUAUCAGUCUCAGCAGACAGCUCUUCACAGUCAUCUGAGAACCUGGAAGAGGAAACUAUUCACAACGCCCACAUGGAGAAAGACUUCAUUGUUUUCUGGGCCUCAACACCACAUAAUUUGUCCUGGAGAGAUGAAACACAGGGUUCUCCCUUCAUCACACGACUCAUCACAUGCUUACAAAAAUAUUCUUGGUGCUAUCACCUAGAAGAAGUAUUUCAGAAGGUAAUCUUCUCUUUCCUUUACUACUCAUUCAUUCACGAGUUCAAGAAGCAUUUAUUACUAUUCAUCUUUUAAGUGAAUGCCAAACUUCAUUAGGGAAGUGAAAGCAGAGCGGUGCCUAGCCUCUAUCAUCCGUGUGUUUAAAAUCGGGUUUAAAAAAGAAUAUGCCAAUAUACCACAGCUGGAAAUUGAAGUAGAACAAAAUAAUAUAAAACAUAAGUUUGUAUGUUAUGGGUUGUAAGUUCUUAAAAUUCAGAGAAGGGAAAGAGUAUUUUGAAGUAAUUUUCAUUGCUUAACUUAUUCAACAAAUACAUGUUGAGUGGCCUACUAGGUAAUGGGCACUAUGCUGGUGACGCAGGUGGAAAUGAGAUAGAUAUGACAUCAGCCUCCCUGGAACGUAAACUCUCGUGAGGGAAAUGGGUACUAAACAAGCAGACCAGCAAGCAGAUGUGUGAUUACAGAUUGUGAUAGGAUUCACAAACAAAAAUACCUGGGACAUGUGAGAGAGAAUAACAGAAGAGACAUUCUUUGAAUGUAGUAGCCCAAAGGAGAAGAUGUGGUGUUUCUUCCCCAGUCAGAACAUUCCUCUCGUUCCUUCCUGAUUUACUUUUCUCUAGACCUCUUCGCACCACCCAUUGAGUAUAUACUUUCUUUAUUAGUUUGUUUUUUACCUAUAUUUACUCACUAGAAUGCAAGCCUUAUGAAGUCAGGGAUUUCUUCAGCACCUCAUCAUGCCUAGCAUGUAGUAGACAUCAACUAAUAUUCAUUGAAUAGAUAAAUAUAUGAAUGAAUGAAUAGAUCUUAUCCUCUUUUUUGAGGGAAGGUGAGUGGUAUUACGAACACAGGAAAUUGUGGUUGCUUUUCAAUUCAAAAUUGUAGAGAACAGUAAAACUCCUGUGGGAAAAGAGGGUUGUUACGUUUGGUGGGGUUAGAGAAGAUAGUAUCAAAACUCUCAGUAUUUCUGGGAAUAGGAACUUGGUAAGUUAGGUGCUGGUGAAUAAAUAGGAGUUAGGCAUUGUGCUUUCAAGGGUAUUCCUGAGAAAAGACUAAAAAUAGCAGGUUUAGGGAAGUAGGAUUUCAUUGAUCAGUGCAUGGUAGAGGGCUUCAGAGGUCAGCUUAGCUGGGGGAACAUGAAAGUUAUUUAUUGCUCAGAUCUUACAGGAAUCCUGGAAUUUGAAUCUUAGGGGAGUGAGGGAUCAGCCAUGGUGGGGAUAACUGAGAUCCAGUUCUCAGAAACAGAAAAUAGGGGAAGUGGAGGUUAAAGGUAUUAGAUCAUGCAUGAAGUGUUUAUUUUGAGGUAAAGAACACAGUCUGGCACAGUCACUUCUAAGAGUAGAGUGGAAGUGGCAGAGAGUUAGAAUUUCUGUGGUCUUGGUACCAUCCACCCUAGGAAUGCCCUCCAUUCCCAGCAUUUUCUAGUCCAUUGUGCAAAAUGCUUUCUGUAAAUACACAAGAGACAUGUCUCAUCUGGAACCUUUUUUUUUUUGUUUUUUGUUUUUAGGUACAACGAUCGUUUGAAAAACCACCUGUUAAAAUCCAGGUGCCCACUAUUAAACGGCACACUUUGAUAAGAUGCUUCUACCUCUUUCCUGGCAAUUAAAAAUAGUAAAUAUCAACAGUUUUUAUUGACAAAUGAAACAUAUAGGAGAGUAAUAUUGGUGAUGAGGUCCAGUGACUAACGAUAACUGAUUGCUUAAAUGGUCAACUUAUGUUCUUUGCUGACAUACCCUCCCUCAUCCUUAAAAUCAAUCAAUCAAGGAGGUAAGCAAAACCAAACUAGGGAGAGAUUAACAAUGAAGGACAGAGGGUAGCAAUUUUUAAAAUAGAAAUGUAGUCAUGCUUCCAUGAUUAAUUUUUCCCUUCCUCCGUUUCUUCCUUUCUCUCUCUCUCUCAUUCACACACACACACACACACUCACUGAGUUACCAAACAUGCAUUGAAUCUUAGAAAAACAGACUAUGGAGAAAUCAGUACUAUGGUUCUCUUGAGUGCAUGGAUAAUGGAUAUCACAUUACUGACAUUGAGCCACUACUGCUAGACCAAAAAAAUAAACCAAACCCAUUGCCUUCAAGUCUAUUCCGACUCAUAGCAACCCUAUAGGACAGGGUAGAACUGGCCCAUAGAGUUUCCAGGGAGCAACUGGAGGACUCGAACUGCUGACCUUUUGGUUAGUAGCCGUACCUCUUAACAACUAUGCCACCAGGGCUUCACUAUAUCCUGGACUGUGAAGUUUGUGGUGAUUCAGGCUCUGGUUCUGAUUGUUUUGCCAAUGUAGAUCACAGGCCACUUAGUUUUUUCUCAGACACUCAAUUACAGUUUAGAAUCUCCUUCAAGCACCAAUGUUAACAUUUAAACACUUUUGAGAGGGUCAAAAUAUCUUCAAAUAUUUUCAUUUAAGAGUUUUAGAGUUUAGAGUCAACACUUAUGUUAUUCACAACAGUUUUAUAUAACAUUACAUUAUAAGCAUAUUAUUAGUGUUCUCACUUUUAGAAAUAUACUUCACAUUAUAGUUUCUAGUAAAAUUUAUUUCAGUAUUGCAACUCUUUACCCAUAUAAUGUCUUAUUCCUGGUUUUUGACAUCCAGUAACACAACUGCAUAGGGAUAGCUCAGAAGAAUGGCUUUCAGUAUCUUAUUAGUUCAAUAAUACCACAUAUGGGCAUUGAAUUAUUUAUUUGACUAAUAUUUACCGUGUGCCAGCUUCUGUUCUAGAUGCUUGGAAUAUACCAAUAAGCAAAGUAAAUCAUGUCUUUGCUCUCAGAAAUCUUACACUCUAGUGAAAAGAGGCAGACUCUAAGGACAUAAACAAGUAAAUAUAUAUUAGAGAGUGAGAAGAACUAAGAAGAAAAAUAAUGGAGAAUAAGGAGACACUGAGUGAUGGAUGUUGUACUGUUACAAAUUGAUUAUUCAGGAAAGGCUUCUUUAAAGUAACGAAAUUA